AUGAAGUUCACCCUAGGCCUGGGGUCGCGGGCGUGGAGAGUGUCCUGGGAGCGGGCGGCGGCGGCGGCGGGCGGCGGCGCGCUCGGCAGCGGCUCACGGCGCUCUUCCAGCCCGCGGCCCGGCCGCCGCGGCUCUCGGCUCGCGCGCGCCCUCCCUCUAUGCCUCUCCCGCGGCGGCGGCGCCCCAGCUCUCCCGGACCGCGCCGGGCCCAGCCCCGGCCGCCUCGGCGCCAGGCAGCCGGCCGGCCCGCGCGCCAUGGAGCAGACGUACGGCGAGGUGAACCAGCUGGGCGGCGUGUUCGUCAACGGCCGCCCCCUGCCCAACGCCAUCCGCCUGCGCAUCGUGGAGCUGGCGCAGCUGGGCAUCCGACCCUGUGACAUCAGCCGGCAGCUUCGCGUAUCCCACGGCUGUGUGAGCAAGAUCCUGGCGCGCUACAACGAGACGGGCUCCAUCCUGCCCGGGGCCAUUGGGGGCAGCAAACCCCGCGUCACGACCCCCAACGUGGUCAAGCACAUCCGGGACUACAAGCAGGGCGACCCCGGCAUCUUUGCCUGGGAGAUCCGCGACCGGCUGCUGGCCGACGGCGUCUGCGACAAGUACAACGUGCCCUCUGUGAGUUCCAUCAGCCGCAUCCUGCGCAAUAAGAUUGGCAGCCUGGCGCAGCCCGGCCCGUACGAGGCGAGCAAGCAGCCGCCGCCGCAGCCGGCGCUGCCCUAUAACCACAUCUACCAGUAUCCCUACCCCAGCCCCGUGUCGCCCACGGGCGCCAAGAUGGGCAGCCACCACGGGGUCCCGGGCACAGCGGGCCACGUCAGCAUCCCCCGUUCAUGGCCCUCGGCUCACUCGGUCAGCAAUAUCCUGGGCAUCCGGACGUUUAUGGAGCAAACAGGGGCCCUGGGGGGGAGCGAAGGCGCCGCCUACUCCCCGAAGAUGGAAGACUGGGCCGGCGUGAACCGCACGGCCUUCCCCACCAGCCCAGCCGUGAACGGGCUCGAGAAACCUGCCUUGGAGGCGGACAUUAAAUACACGCAGUCGGCCUCCGGCCUCCCCGCGGUGGGCGGCUUCCUCCCGGCCUGCGCCUACCCGGCCUCCAACCAGCACGGUGUGUACAGCUCGCCGGCCGGCGGCUACCUCGCCCCGGGCCCGCCGUGGCCGCCGGCGCAGGGGCCCCCGCUGGCGCCCCCCGGGGCCGGCGUCACCGUACACGGCGGGGAGCUUGCCGCAGCCGUGACCUUCAAGCAUCCCAGCCGAGAAGUGGCCGACCGGAAGCCACCCAGCCCCGGCGGCAAGGCCCCCGACGGCCUCGGGAGCUUACACGGACUGCCCGUCCCAGCCUCGACCUCCUAGGGCCGCGCGUCCGUGAGCCGAGCCCGAGCCCGAGCCCGGAGGCGGCGGCGGAGCGGCGGGCGCAGUGGGGCGCGGACCCGAGGACUCGCCGCGGCCGAAGUGCCCAUCAGACCCGGCCUCGCCCGGCCCCGCG